CUAGAUUUAGCUACAGUUAUUUCCCUUGUAAUGGCAGCGCCCAUGGUGGUUUACAAAGCUGACUUGUUUAAGACUCUUCGUUUUGCUGGCAUACCUCACUAAAACGAUAAGACAGGGCAGGGAAAGGCUGCUUUCACCAAAAGGACCAGAUCUGAGUAUUGAGUAUGAAUCUAGAUCCAUCACUGCAGCAGGCUGUGAAAGGAGGUAUAGCCCCACUACAAGAGCACCUGUUGCAGGGCAGUAUUGUAGAUGCAUCAAAGGAUUACCUCAUCAACAGGUUAAGAGGACUAUGUGACAAUUCUGACUCACCACCGGGAACCUUUCAGGACCACGAGAUGGUCUUCCAAAUGAAGGGAAAUCCACAGCAGCAGCCUGUUAAUGUACAUCUGAGACAUUCCUUAACGGAGACAGAAUGUUGGCACUUGCGAUAUGUUGGUACAGCUGAGAUAGGUGAUAAAAGUCGUCAUACACUUGUACGUUCCUGUGUGGACAUGGGGGUUUCAGAUUCUAUCGUAAAAUAUCUCAAUGAAAUAGGAUUUAAAUUGGAGUAUGAGUUUGUUGCUAAAGGAUACUUUUUCCAUAAGGGCCGAAUGAAAGUGACUGUGUCUAAAAUGUACAAGAUAAAUCAACAAGGAGAUGUGAACAACAUAGAGCCUAUCACAUUAUCUAAUCUUGUAGAACUUAGUGUUGUCGCACCAACAGGACAAGAACAGAUUGGGGAAGAUAUGAAAAAUUUUGCAGAACAGUUAAAACCUCUCGUUCAGCUGGAAAAAGUGGACCAUCGAAAACUACAGACAGGGACUUGAGGCAUUAUUAUGUAACGUUAUCUGUGUUUCCAUAGAAACGUUUUAGUGCUUGUGUUAAGACAUGCUGAAAUGUGUAUUGUACACAUUCAAAUGAUAUUUGAUGGUGUGCAGAGACAUAGACACUAGUCUCUACGUGUGUAAGACAUUAAUGUGUUCCUUUUAAAAAUAUGUACUCUUUUGUCAAUAGCACCGUCAUUUGACAUGUUGAAGAAAUGCUCCAGCUGAUAAUAUUUUAUAGAUUUUAUACCUAUUUUUGUCUUCAGAUGAGCAAUUCUGACCCAUUUUGUUUCUGUAAUGGAUACAAUGUAUUCAAUAUGGGUGAUUUGGAAAGGAGAACUUUCUCUUUAUAAUAAUACCCUUACAAAGAGAUAGUAAAAGCCAUUGACCAAUAUAGAUGUCCGCAUGUAAUUCAGUGUUAGAAAACUCUAAAUGUACUGUUCUUUCUGUAUUGAAUAUAGAUGGAAUCAUAGACGUCUCAGUUGUUUUUAAAUUUUACUGUGCAACAUUUUUCUCCACAAUAGGUGAUGUAAUUGGACUCGUACCCAUUUGUUUCCCGUGCAAUUACGUAUCCUUAUUAGGCAUUUGGCAUUCUUCGGAUGUGAAUCUUGCUCAAUACUUUUAUGGCUUUCUGUAAAUAACAAAGAAUGCCUAAAUUUCAUGAGAAACCGCCUUAUUAAUAAGUACUUUCUAAAGUUGGAAAAAUUUGCCAUAAAUCUGGAAAAGUAUCCUGAUUUAAUAUCGAGAAAACGUAAAAAUACAUCUCGGUAUUUACUGUUCAGUCUCACUCUACAAGACUCAGACAUUUAUUUCCAUUUUUAGUGUGAUUGUUGUAUAAGAUCAAAAUGAGCGAAGAAUCAUUAAAUUUUUAUGAAGCGCAGAGAUCAGUGGCAUAUUAUUGUGAAUACCGUGUUCAGUAUCUUUUAUGCUCCUAUACUAUGAAAUACAGGAUAGCAUAAUGUCUAAUAAAUGUUGUGCAUGGUAACAGAUA